UUUUCGACGCCACUGCUUCCGGAUGAUGAUAAUUCCUUGUACUCUACUCUUACAUGUUAAUCGAUUUAUAAAAUUCUUCACAACUUAUAUCAGUAUGUGAUAAUCGCAGUGUGAGGAAUGGUUGCUUGAAAAAUUAACAGAUCCUCAUUUCUAAAGGUCUCCAACCUGUAAAAUAUGAUGAGCAAAGUGAUGCGACCGAAGGUGAUAUUUGUGCUAGGUGCACCUGGUGCCGGCAAAGGCACCCAAUGCAGCAAAAUAGUGUCAGACUUCAACUACGUCCACCUCUCAGCGGGAGACCUGCUGAGGGAAGAGAGGACCAAACCAAACUCCCAGUACGGAAAACUGAUAGACACCUACUUAAAAGAGGGAAAAAUAGUACCAGUUGCCAUAAGCUGCGGCCUCUUAAAAAACGCCAUGUUCGAAUCUCACAAAGAAAGGUUUUUGAUCGACGGCUUCCCAAGGAACCAGGACAACGUGGAUGGAUGGACCAAAGACGUGGCAGAUCAUGUCGACCUCCAGUGCGUCUUGUUUUUCGAUUGUCCUCUGGAGGAAUGCGUGAAUAGGUGCCUCAAGAGGGGCGCGGAGGGUAGCGGAAGGAGCGACGAUAACGAAGAGAGUCUAAGGAAGAGGAUAGAAACUUACCUUUCCCAAACUAGUCCGAUAAUUCAGCAUUAUAACAUGCUGAAACUCGUUCAUACCAUUGACGCUUCCAAAGAUCCCGAUAAGGUUUAUGAAGAUGUUAAGAAGGUUAUGUCGAAAUAUAUAUGAUAUUAAAUGA